UUCUUCCACUUCUGUGUAUUUUACUUAGAGGGUCCUUCUGGGGGAUGUAAUUGUGUGUUUUGACCUCGGCCACCGGGAGCACUGUUACCCACACACUGUGUGUGCACCGGCGCGUCCAUGCCGGAUACCACCGACUGACGCCCUGCUCCACUCAUCAGGAGCGGCUGGUGGCUGUGGGAGAACUGCGGGACAAACAUGGCACUUCGGCCUGUCUCCUACCACUACAUCGCCGCAAGACGACGACGAUGAAGGUGGUGGUGGUGGUGGUGGAGUUGAUGAAACGCAAUGGUGUCGAGCAUGGUGGAUUAACUCUUCACCAUGAAUGACAGGUACCACCGAGCGGCCCGGGACGGCUACCUGGACCUGCUGAAGGAGGCAACAAGAAAGGAUCUGAACGCCCCGGAUGAGGAUGGCAUGACGCCGACGUUAUGGGCUGCUUAUCACGGCAACCUGGAGGCUUUGCGGCUGAUCGUCGGGAGGGGAGGAAACCCUGACAAGUGUGACAUAUGGGGGAACACGCCGCUCCACCUGGCAGCCGCCAAUGGUCACCUCAACUGCCUUUUCUUCUUGGUGUCUUUUGGUGCCAACAUUUGGUGCCUGGACAACGACUACCACACGCCAUUGGACAUGGCAGCCACAAAGAAUCACAUGGAUUGCGUCCGCUACCUGGAUAACAUCGCCACCAAGCAGACAGGCCUCAACACGAAGCUGGUCAGCAAGAUGAGGGACAAGGCGUUUCGCGAUGCUGAGCGGCGAAUAAAGGAGUGCGUGAAGAUGCAGAAGAAACACCACAAACGCAUGGAGCGGCGGUUUCAAAAGGAGACUUCUGAGGCCUCCGCAUCAGACGUUAUGAGCUUUUCCAGUUACAGCAGCAGCUCUCUUAGCCACAAGUUGCACAAAUUAAAUUCAGCCACAGUCAGCGUGCCAUAUUCUCAGGCUACUCUUCAUGCCACAAACCGCGGGAAGACCAAGAUACAGAGGAAGCUGGAGAAGAGGAAACAAGGAGAUGGAACAUUUAAAAUCUAUGAGGAGGGGAGGAAGAGUGUUCGCUCUCUCUCUGGACUUCAGCUGGGCAAUGAUGUCAUGUUUGUCAAACAGGGGACUUACGUCAACCCUAAGGACCGUGGGCGUCCCAACGUUCGUGACAUGUUCCCCAGAGACAAUUACGAUGCCAUUUCACGUGCCAUGAGCGAGCCGGACCUCCACGGGCCCGAUGUGGAGUACUCUGAGAUCAGCACUGACUCAGGACAUGAUUCCCUGUUCAACAGGCCUGGUCUGGGAACGAUGGUCUUUAGAAGGAACUAUGUGAGUGGGGGGAUGUUUGACCUUGGCGGUCGAGAUAAGGACAGUGUGGACCAGUCAGGCAAUAAUGUGCGUUUACGCAGUCGGCUGCAGCAUUACGCAAGUGCAGAUGAAGACAGCAUCGGCAGUGCACGCAGCCUUCAGGAGAGGAACGUGGAGGAGCUGCCCUGGGAAGACGUCGAAUUAGGGUUGGAUGACGAUGACGAGGCUGACACAAGCCCUUUGGAGGUGUUCCUUGCCACCCAGAGCAUGGGUGACUUUAUCUCCAUUUUUAAGAGGGAGAAGAUUGACCUUGAAGCUCUGUUGCUGUGCUCUGACCAUGACCUCAAGAGUAUCCACAUCCCCUUAGGACCAAGGAAAAAGAUCUUAGAGGCCUGUAAGAGACGGAUGGAGACCAUAGAAGACCCAGACUACAUAGAGGACACACAACUGUGACUGAUGGGAAUUUCUGAUGUAGAGCGUAGUGAGGAAAUAUGCAGAUAUUUGUUAUGGUGUCUUUGAAAUCCAGCAUGGAUUGUCUUCGGUAACCCACUGUUUCUUCACUUAAUUCUGUCCUGCAGAUAAUGAAAGUUGUUGUAUAUGGCUCCUCAUGAUGUGGGCUCAUCCAUGCUUAAAGUUCAGGGGAGCAUUGUGGAGUGAAGAUUUGGACAGGGAAGACAUAAUGAUUUACCUCUCCUAAGACAUUGUGAAGAUGAAUGUGUCAAGCAAGAAUAGGUGAUUGUGAGACAAAUUCCUCAUAGGGUUCUGUAGGAUUCAGUGUCUUGUUAGCCUCAGGAGAGUCACUGCAAAUAUUUGUUGUAUGUUGGAUGGUGGGAGUCGCCUGCACUGCAUGGUUUAACAAACUGAAAGACAAUUUUCAGAGUGCAGUCCUGUGCAUGCCAUGUGAGACUGUUAACAGAGAACUGAUUGUGGGGCCAGUGUCCCCUGAAAAUGUUUGCCCCUGUGGGGUAAAUCUUACCACCUCAUGUGCCUGCAUUGCUCGUGCCUGUGCAUUUGCUUAAAGGUGUCUUUUUCAUAAAUACUUUUGACAUUAAA